ACUUCUGCAACUUUUUCUGGAAACAUUAGCAUUUCUUCUUCUUCUUCUUCUUCUUUGGGAAGCACAGCAAUGCUGUUCAGCUUGCUGCUACAAUCUAUAUUUAAUCAACUUCAGGAAACUGAAGUCACUAACCUCUAUUGUUUCAUCGCAACACUGCUAGGGGUCGUGAUUGUUUAUUUUCUUACAAAGAAAAUUGAUGUUUAUUUAGUAGACUUUGUAUGUUAUCAGCCACCAGAUGACUGCAGAGAAACAAUUGCUACUUACCAUGAGCAUAUGAGGGUCAUUAAACAUUUUGAUGAUGAAAGCAUGGAGUUUCAGUUAAAGAUUCUUAGAAGCAGUGGAAUUGGAAACGAGUCCUGCGCGCCCUUCGGACUUCACCAAUUACCUCCUGAUCUUUCCUUAGCAGCUUCAAUAGAAGAGGUUGAGACCAUCGCAUUUUCAGUAGCAGAAGAUCUCUUCGACAAGCACAACAUAAAUCCGAAGUCCGUUGACAUCCUAAUUUCAAACUGCGGGCAUUUCAGUCCUACUCCAUCUAUUUGUUCUAUGAUCAGAAAUAGGUUUGACAUGAAGAGUAAUUUGAUGAGUUUUAAUCUCAGUGGAAUGGGAUGCAGCUCUGGGAUAAUUUCUAUAUGUCUAGCUAAGGAUCUGCUAAGAGUUCACAAGAACUCUCUAGCCUUGGUUCUUAGCUUUGAGGCAAUAAGUUCAUCUGGUUAUCGAGGAAAAAUUAGAUCUAUGCUGUUAACCAAUUGUCUGUUCAGAAUGGGUGGUGCUGCAAUACUGUUGGGGAACAGAGUACAUGAUAAAGAGAAGGCAAAAUAUGUACUUGAACAUGCUGUGAGAAGUCAUGGUGGGGCAGAUGAUGAUGCUCAUGGAUGCGUAACCCAACAGACAGAUCGAGAUGGUGAGGUUGGUUUUUUUCUAUCAAAGAAGAUAAUGAUUGUAGCCAAGGAUGUGCUUGAAGCUAACAUCUUAGCAAUGGGUCCUCUCAUUUUACCACUUUUACAAAAGAUCAGGUGGCAAGGCCAUCAUAAAUGCAAUUGAGAAGAAGCUUGGCUUGACCAGUGAACAAGCAGAACCUUCAAAGAUGACACUAUACAGAUUUGGGAACACGUCAGUGUCUUCAAUAUGGUAUCAGCUCUGCUACAUUGAAGCUAAGGGAAGGAUGAAGAAAGGAGAUAGAGUUUGGCAGAUUGCUUAUGGGAGUGGAUUCAAGUGUAACAGUGUUGUAUGGAAAUGUGUCUCUGAGCUGAAGAAGGAUGUCAAAAAUGCAUGGUCAGACCGCAUCCAUCAGUAUCCAGUUGAAGUUCCGAAUCUGCUAGAUUAUUGAGUUGUUCUACUGUUUCAUGGAUGAUUCAGACUUGGAAUGCAUAUAGAUCGAUGUAGGACGUGAAUGCUGUAGAAACAUACAGUCACAGAUCAUGUCUAGUACUUUCGUGUACACCUUUUAUGUUUCUCCACUUGUUUGCAAGAAAGAAAAACC